AUGGGGGGUGCAGUGGUGGACGACGGCCCACCUGGGGUCCCGGCCCCGGAUGGCGGCUGGGGCUGGGCUGUGCUCUUCGGCGGUUUUGUCAUCACCGGCUUCUCAUACGCCUUUCCCAAAGCGGUCAGCGUCUUCUUCAAGGAACUCAUGAAGGAGUUUCAGAUUGGCUACAGCGAUACGGCUUGGAUCUCUUCCAUCUUGCUUGCCAUGCUAUAUGGCACGGGACCCCUGUGCAGUGUGUGUGUGAACCGCUUCGGCUGCCGGCCUGUCAUGCUUGUGGGCGGCCUCUUUGCAUCCCUGGGCAUGGUGGCCGCGUCCUUCUGUACCAGUAUCAUCCAGGUUUACCUCACCACGGGGGUCAUCACUGGCCUGGGUCUGGCACUCAAUUUCCAGCCGUCACUCAUUAUGCUGAACCGGUACUUCAACAAGCGCCGCCCAAUCGCCAACGGGCUGGCCGCUGCGGGCAGCCCGGUGUUCCUGUGUGCCCUGUCCCCGCUGGGCCAGCUGCUGCAGGACCACUAUGGCUGGCGCGGGGGGUUCCUCAUCCUGGGGGGACUGCUGCUCAACUGCUGUGUGUGCGCCGCGCUCAUGCGGCCGCUGGAGCCGCCCCGGACACCGGGUGCCGAGCCCGGACCCCGGCGGCCAGCGCGGCGGCUGCUGGACCUCAGUGUCUUCCGGGACCGCGGCUUCGUCAUCUACGCACUGGCCGCGUCCAUCAUGGUGCUGGGACUCUUUGUGCCGCCCGUGUUCGUGGUCAGCUAUGCUAAGGACCUGGGCACGCCGGACACCAAGGCCGCCUUCCUGCUGACCGUGCUGGGUUUCAUCGACAUCUUCGCGCGGCCCACGGCCGGCCUGAUCACGGGGCUGCGGCGUGUACGCCCCUACUCCGUCUACCUCUUCAGCUUCGCCAUGUUCUUCAACGGCAUUGCAGACCUGGCGGGCUCCACAGCCAGUGACUACGGCGGCCUGGUGGUCUUCUGCGUCUUCUUUGGCAUCUCCUACGGCAUGGUGGGUGCCCUACAGUUCGAGGUACUGAUGGCCAUCGUGGGCACCCAGAAGUUCUCCAGCGCCAUCGGCCUGGUGCUGCUACUGGAAGCCGUGGCUGUACUCAUUGGGCCACCCUCGGGGGGCAAGCUGCUGGAUGCCACCCACGUCUACAAGUAUGUGUUCAUCCUGGCCGGCACUGAGGUGUUCUGCUCCGCCCUCGUGCUGCUGCUUGGGAACUACUUCUGCCUGGGACGGCCCCCCAAGGAAACGGCCCAUGAGCUGGCCAGGGAGGAGCAGGGCCCGGCCCCUGUGGACGGGCCAGAUGGACCAGUGGAUGCCCGGGAGGUGGAAGUCUUCCUGAAGGGGGAGCCUGAGAAGAAUGGGGAGGCCGUCCACAACCCCGAAACGAGCGUCUGA